AUGAGACCCGGUUUCCGUCUCCUCGCCGAGUCCAGCGCCUCGAAGACAAUUUCCAGCCGCCUGCGGAAUAAGCCGUCGCCUCCUAGCCUCGAGCACUUCGUCCAGAGACAGCGGGUCAUCUCACUAUGGCGGUCGAUUCUUCGCAGUGUAUACAAGAUCCCCAAGGACCGACGGGGUGAGACGGUGGCAUAUGCAAGAAACGAGUUUGAGAGAAACAAAUCCGUAAAGGACAUCGCCCAGAUUCGGUACUUGCUCUCGACGGGAAAGACCGAGUUUGAUGCCAUGCGCCGGUACAUUGACGAGCUUGCUGCGAGAUGA